AUGAGGAAUGCGCAAUCAAAAAGAGGAGACAGCUUUCAGAGUUUGGUGCGGGUUGAGUUUGAUGGAACAUUGCUGGGAGAGUCAGAUGAGAAGCAGGGUAACCCCAUGCAGGACUGUAUUGACUACAAAUUUACCUGCAUCUUCCGCUGUCCAAAUGACGCUCAGGCUCUCAGUGACAUUGCCCAAAAACCGAUCGUAUUGACAGUGAUAGAGGUCCUGGCUGAGGAGAAGAAUGAUGAACCAAGACAAGUGCCUCUGGGCCAGGCUGUUGUUGACCUCCUACCACUGUUACAAGGUCAAUGCAGUUUCUCAUCCACAGUCUCUGUCAAUUCGGUGCCCAACCUCCGGGCCAAAUCCGCCCAGGACACCGGCCUCAAGCUGCCUACCCUCGAUGUGAGUGUCAGUGUGUUGGAUCCAAUACUGUCCGAGGCUGACCUAUCAGCCUCUAAUCUACUAAAGGUAACUUUGGAGACAGCCUACUCUGUCCCAGACUCAUGGAUGCUGCCAUCCGGCCCUGCUCCCACUACCUUCACAUACACUGCUGCCCUAGAGAUCCCUCUUACUGCAGACCAAGACCAAGUGCUAGUGUUCCCUGAAGGGCAGCUGAAGGCAGGGGGGCAGAGAGAAGAAAAGGAACGUCAGAAGAAGAGGCCCCAUAGGGACACACUAGCUCCAGAGAACCACUUCCUGCCUGGAGUCUUUUUCAAGCCAGAGGAAAUUGAUCAGGAGGAUGGCGAGCUGACUGCUUUAGAGGACCGGGCAUUUCGUGAUGAGGCAGAGACCACGAAGAACAGAGUGAGCUGGGACACAGAGAUGUACUGCUUUCUGGACGCAGGGGGAACUACAAGGCUGAAGCAAAGGAUAACUAAGAGCAGAUUGUGGCCAGUGGAGAUCAUGAGGUCAUUGGCUCCAUUAUCAAAGUCAGGUGCUGAGGACUCAGAAAUCCCCUUCCAUGGUUUGGCAUUUAUAGACUUUGGGCAGCUGCUGUAUCCUGGAGUCCAGCGAAUCCGAGGAGCAUACAGCGUUCAGCCUUUCUCUGAGGAAGAUUUGCUGAAUAAGGCCAAGCGAAGCAUCAGUGUGUUAAAGGAAAAAGCCAAGGAAGCUGCCAGCCAGGCCAAAGAUAUUGCCAGCUCUAACAAAGCAGGAAAGAACAUGAAUGGAAGCAACAAGGGACCCACAGAUUCCAAUGAGCAAGGCAAAAAGAUGUAUGUGGAGGCCAGAACUUACAUUAUCAUUGAGAUAGCGUUGGAGAAACCGCUGAUACCAAAAACAUCACCAGAAGAGCUAGCCCAAAGGGUGACGGCAUUGAUCCCUCCCAAACCUAAACGUCCAGCUGGUCCUGGUAGAGCAGAAAGAGCUGUGCUGGACUUCCACAGGCAGGUAGCAAACACGGUGUCCCAUGUUUCAGAACAGUGUGAGGAACUAUUUGGAACAAGUCGUGAAAUGCCCCAAGAUGACAACAGCUUGGAGAAAAUGAAGAUUCAGUUGAUGGGAGCGCUCAAUGACUCUGGGAGACACUUUGUCUUCAAGGAACAAAUGAAGCAUGCAGUGGUGAGGAUCGUACGUGACAAGAUGAGGCGGACAGAGCCGUUCACGGAUGAUCAACAGCUGAAGGAAUUUGUCAGCAAACUCUAUGUCUACCUGGUUGAUGAGAUGCACGUUGCUAUGAGCAAGAUUUAUUCUCCAGAUGCUGUUGAGCACUACCCAGAUAACAUCCAGUUACACUGUUCUCAGCUCUCACAUUUUGCCAGAGAGGCACAGCUUACUGGGAAUUGCGAGCAGGCUGCAUAUUACUGGAAAGAGCUAGUGGUCAGGCACCCAAAUGAGCCCACCUAUAUGUUUGAGUGGGGAGGCCUGUACAUGCUGACCGGAGACUACCUGAAGGCAAAAGAGUGUUAUCAUGAUGCUGUGUCUAUCGACCAAGUGCACCAACCCAGCCUGAUGAUGUGUGGGGUAUUGGCAGUGAUGUUUGAGCAUUACAGUGAGGCCCAGACUUUCCUUGAGCGAGCCACCAGCCUAGACCCUCUCAGCGUGGUGGCCUGGACGCUGCUGGGUUUGUUCCAUGUGGGUCAGAACGACUCCAUCCAGGCUGAGAAGGCUUUUAUGGAGGCCACAAAGCUGUUGAAUGCAGAAGAGUCAGCUCCUGCUACUAUUUACACACAGACCAUCCAAUUCCUGCUGCAGAACAAUGCACUGCAGAUGGCAGAAGUCGCUCUAUCCCAGGAGCUCCUAUGUUCAGAUGGCGGUCGCAGUGCUUCUUACUUCCUUCAUCUGGCCCAGUUGCAGCUGCUCAAAGCAGACUACUGCAGUGCUGCUGCCAACCUCAAAGAGGCACUGUCCAGCAUAGAUCAGGAUCCUGAUGCAUGGGCUUGGAAUGGUCACUGUCACUAUCUACGAGGGGAGUUCCAUGAGGCUGAGGAGAGCUACGAGUGGAGCUUCAAAUUCCAGCAGACGCCAUCAAACUCUCACAUUGUCUUGCUCCGCCUGGGAUCCAGCUACUUUAUGCAGGAGAAGUUUCAGGAAGCCAAGGUUGUGUACCUGCAGGCCUGUGAACAGUCUCCAUCCUGCCUGACCUGGCUAGGCCUGGGCAGUGCAUGUUACCGGUUGGAGGAGUUUUGUACAGCUGAGGAAGCUUUGACUGAGGCCAACCAUUUGGACAACCAGAAUGCAGAGGUUUGGGCUUACCUGUCUCUCAUUUGCCUCAAGUCUGGCAAAAAGGAGGAAGCAGAGAAGUUUUAUAAAUAUGCAAUACGGUUCAACCUACAGAUGGAGUCACUCCACAAAGAGUUUAAAAAGUUGAAGAAUCAGCUUCGCUUCCAUCAUCUGGAGUCGUGCUUUGAAAGAAGCACUGAAGCAAAAGAAUAA